UGGAUUGUUCCACUUGGUUUCGGGAGGAACAGAGUAUUUACGAAAUGGGUGAAGAAGGGAAGACUUCGCUGUACGUUGGCGAUCUGGAACCGAGCGUGACAGAUUCUGAGUUGUUUGAUGCGUUUAGCCAUGCGAGUCAUCUGAGCUCUGUUCGUGUUUGCAGAGAUUUGACCACCGGGAGAUCUCUUGGCUAUGGCUACGUUACCUUUGACUAUCCUCGAGAAGCUAAAAUAGCAAUGGAAAUGCUGAACUUUACUGCUCUUAAAGGAAGAAGCAUUAGAGUUAUGUACUAUGUCCAUAAUCCAAGUCUUCUAAAGCGGGGAGUUGGUAAUAUAUUCAUAAAGAAUCUUGACAAAUCCAGCGAUCAAGAAGGACUCUAUGAUACAUUUUCGUGCUUUGGAUCCAUUCUUAGAUUCAAAUUAGCGACUGACGCCUCUGGUGAGUCAAGAGGCUUUGGCUUUGUACAGUACAACACGGAAGUAUCAGCUCAUAAGGCCAUUGAACAUAUGAAUGGAAUGCUUCUCAACGAUACAGAAGUAUACGUUGGACCGUUUCUUCAAAGAGAUUCUCCAACCAAAAAGGAAAUGUUUACUGAUAUUUAUGUCAAGAACCUCUCCAAGUCCUUGACCGAUAAAGAGCUGAACACAAUUUUUCAAGAGUUUGGACCUACGACGAGUUGCGUGAUCAUUAGGGAUGGUGAGGUUCCUCAAGGAAAAUCUAAAGGUUUUGGCUUUGUUAAUUUUAAGAAUCCUGAGGAUGCUGAGAAAGCUGUUGAGGCUCUAAACGGAAAGAAGUUUGAUGACAAGGAGUGGUUUGUUACUAAAUCUAAGAAGAAGUAUCAAAGGGAAUCUGAAGUGAAGGGAGGUUUAAAACAUGCUGUCAACAAGUCACAGGGUUCGAGUAACUUGUGUGUUACGAAGUUGGAUAAAAGAGUAACAGAUGAAAUCCUCAAAGACUUCUUUUCUUCCUAUGGAACUAUAACAUCAUGCAAGGUCGUGAGAGACUCUCGUGGAGUAAGUAAAGGAUCAGGCAUUGUUUCAUUUUUGAAGUCAGCGGAAGCUCUUAGAGCGGUACGUAUCUAGCUUAUACACAAAGACAAUGCAGCUCAUUACUUAUAUGUUAUACGUACUAACAAAGAUACUAACUAAUUAAAUAUCGUUUAAGUCUUUUUAUUUAUUUGAUUUUUUUAGAUGGAGGAGAUUAAUGGACAUUAAAAUCGGAGAGAUUAGAAUAAAAAAAGCUUAUUUUUGGAGUUUUGUAACC